GGUAUGGCGCAAGCGAUCCCUGCGACUGCCCUCGCCGACGCUGGACUUGCUUCGGACGAGCAACGUGCCCAAGAACUCGAUAAAUACUACGCACCAAGCCACAAAUCAGCGCUGCGAUUGACGGAACGAGACUCGGCUCUACCUGCUUUCAUGCAACUUCUAUGCUGGCGCCUAGGCAUACGACGGGCACUGGUGGGCCUCAUUGACCGCGACACUCAAUACUACGUUGCCGAGUCUACAAGAACCAUGGAUCUUCACAAAUCUGACGACUACGUUGAUGAGGACGAUGGUCCGUUGGCUCUCGUAGGUACAGUAUCAAGACCAUCUUGGCAGCACGCUGACGUGCUGCUUGCAAGNAAUGAGAGCCGUCCCAAGACGGGAAUCCUAUGUGCUGAAACCAUCCGAGCCGUGACUGAGUCUGACGAGGAGCCUGCUUACUUCGAAGUUUGCGACCUCGCUGCUGAUUCCCGAUUCGCCCAGCUCAACGUUGUCCAGGACCUCAAGCUUGCUUACUACUGUGGAGUUCCCAUAAAGACGCACAACAAGAUAGUGAUCGGCACUGUCUUUGUUCUGGAUGACAAAGUUCGGGAACCUCUUUCCAUGCAGCAUAUANNCACUGUGAUCCUCACAUCAAUCGCCGACAACGUCAUGGUCCACCUGGAAAAUCGCAAACAACGAAUGGAUGUUGACAGGAUCAUGAAGAUGAACAAGUCUCUUGCCUCGUUCAUGGAUUCUCACCAAGACGAGAGAACUCGAACCACACCAGACAAAGACUCUCCAGGACUUGACGAGCUAGACGAUACAUGCGGUAGCACAGACAAAUCUUCGGAGGACGAGCUUCCCCUGGGUAAUAGUGGAAGAGAGUACGACCAGGUCUUCAGCCGCGCCUCUUUCCUACUGAAACAAUCUUUGGCCUUACAUAAGCUUGGUGGUGGUGUCAUCUUUCUGGAUACGGCACCAAAGUCUUCGGGUAGAAGCAGCUCAGCUCAUCGUCCAAACCGGCGCCAGAGUGGACCGAAACGCGAUUCUUCCAGACUUGCCGCUGAUACUGCCCGGUUGUCACGCACUCCCUCAGAUGAAGACGGGAAUGUAGACGAUAGUCACGGAGCUUUUGCUGCCAUUCUCGCUUGCAACAUCUGUGUUGCGUCUUUUGGCCGGCAUGACCAGGCAUGCCAUUUGGAUCAGAAAACGCCUGCAAACAUACCUAUCAGAACUCUUUCGAAGUUCAUCAAGAAGGUUCCCGUAGGACAGAUCUAUUAUUUCCCAGAGUUGCGUGACCCUCACACUGGCGAGAUGGUCAGGACAAAGUGUGGAAAUCCGCAGCAUCAGGGCAAUGUAGAUGAGACCGACGUGAGAUCUCUUUUCUCCCACCUCCCCGGAGCCGUUGAAAUUAUCUUGGUACCUCUGUGGAACACCCAUCUCGGUAGAUGGUCCGUUUGUCUCGUCUAUACGCUAUCAAGCGAACGAAACUUUACAGUCGAGAUUAACUAUUUCUUCUGUCGAGCAUUCUGCAACUGUGUCAAGGCUGAGAUUGACCGAGCUGCUGUUGUGAUAUCUGAUCAACAGAAAGGUGACUUCAUCGGGUCGGUCAGUCACGAACUAAGAUCACCGCUCCAUGGUAUUUUGGCCUCCUGCGAGCUCAUCCAGGAAACCGAAAUGACGCCUUUCCAAACGUCGCUUGUUGACACGACAGAGAGUUGCGCGCACACUCUUCUCGACACCAUUCAGAUGGUCCUUGACUUCAGCAAGGUGAACGCCUUCACAAAGGACCAGCCUGGCGAGAAGCUGAACGUCAGACCACAUAUCGUCAAAGGGGGAGUCGAACCACUGCUCAGCACAUAUUCUCAUGUCAAUCUGGCUGCUAUCGCGGAAGAAGUCAUUGAAGGUGUGACGACGGGCUUCCUUGCCAAAAGCGAUCCCAGUAUGGAGCUAGGGUUCCCUGGAGAGAGAGCAAAACGUGAUGCCAAAACAUUCGAAGACUUGCUUGCCAUGCCUCAAUCGCCUGUGGAAGUUAUUCUCGACGUUAGCCCUCCACAAGACUGGACUUUCAUCACCCAACCUGGAUCAUACCGACGUAUCAUAAUGAACAUCUUUGGCAACAGUCUGAAAUACACUAUACAGGAACACGGUUACAUCAAGGUUUCUCUCAAAUGCGAAGAGAUGACCACAAAAGAAUCGGAUCCUUUGAUGGCCAUGGUUGAGCUGAUGGUUAAGGACACAGGCAAAGGGAUAUCGCAAGGGUACAUGGACACCAAGAUGUUCACGUCCUUCGCUCAAGAGAAUCCUUUGGCUCCCGGAACUGGCCUAGGACUCUCACUGGUCAGGUCUCUGGUUCAGAUGAUGAACGGAGAGAUUACAGUUCAAUCCGAAGUCAAUUCCGGUACACAAGUUACAGUGAGAAUCCCAAUGAGACGUGCCAGCUCAAACGAUCACCAUGAUGGAUUUCACAGACCAAACGAAGACGACAUUCAAACUCUGCGUACAAUCUUUCCUCGGCCUCAGAUUGUGAAUUUCCAACAAGACGUGCUACCCAACGACACGUCUCAGAAACGUGAAGGUUAUCAGAUGCAGAAACAUGCACUCGCUGCUUGUAUCAAUGGCUGGUACAAAGUCGAAGCUCUUCAUGACUGGGACCUGAAAAUGAGGCCUGAUAUCAUUCUUGUGGACGAUGUUCAUCUCCUCGGCAUCAAGGAACAUUUGAAACUUUUGGAAGAGUUCAAUGCUGUCGUUGUUGUCCUCUGUUCGGACCGAUCCAGAACAGCAGCGAUCUCGAGAAACGUCAAAUACUCCAAAUUGCAUGUCAUGCCAAAACCAUUCGGACCUUUUAAGCUCGCGAAAGCACUCAAGCAUGCCCUGGACAAGCGAGGUCCCGUUGGUGGAAAAACAUGCGUCACACCUAUAUCCAAGGAGGUCGGACCUGUUCCUGAGCUCAAGCAGCUGAGCCCGACCCUAAGACGAAUCCCUUCCAGUUCGCAGGAUCUGUCAAAAAGAGCGCGGAAGCCGUCAUUAAAAGGAAGCUUUCCCUUCCCGUCAAUGGUCGUCACACCAGCUCCCAAAUCACCCACACCGUCGAUACCAGGAAUCACGCCUCAGAUCGAAGUACCAGGAACCUACAAUAAGCGGCUGAAGACUUUGGACGUACCUUUGUCAGAACAACAACCUCUCGAGAAGCACAAUGUACUCGUACGCAGUCACAGUGAAGGUCAUCUGCAGCAUAUACAACUCAAACGUGUCAAGCCCAAGAUAUUGCUCGUCGAUGACAACGAGGUCAACCUCAAACUCUUGCAGACAUUCUUUGUUCGCCGCGGCUUCACGGACAUGAGGCUGGCUCGAGACGGCGAGGAAUCAGUGAGGCUCUAUGAAGAUGCAUUGCAGCAGCAAAAUCCUUUCCACCUGGUCUUCAUGGACAUCAGUAUGCCGACUAGNGUCAUGGAUGGUUUCAAAGCCACGAAACUCAUACGGCAAAAGGAGAUUUCGGUAUCGGCACACUCGACCGAACCAUACCACAGUCUGAUUGUUGCUUUGACAGGCAAUGCCAGCGCAGAAGACCAGACUGACGCUUUCACAAAUGGCAUGGAUAUGUACAUGACGAAACCCGUCUCGCUCAAAGACGUUGGAGAGUUGAUGAAGGCUUGGGAGGACAAGACGGCGGUAUAUGGAGCGGCGGGUGCAAGAGCUGCCCUUCUCGAAGGCAAUGCAAGUGUUGAUCAAGGUUAA